AUGAGGGGAGGGGCCCACAGGAGCGCGAAAGGCCGCGAGUGACACUCUCGCUGUGAGGAGCCUCCUCACAAGAUGUCGGCUCUGGCCGUGGCGACGGCGGCGGCUGCCACCGCGGCGGCCGUGACCGCGGCGCGCUCGGAGAAGCCCAGCAGCCCGGGUUCGUCCAGGGGCUUCUACUUCAACACGGUGCUGUCUCUCGCCCGCUCGCUAGCCGUGCAGAGACCCGCUCCGCUCGAGAAGGUACAGAAACUACUCUGCAUGUGCCCAGUUGACAUACAUGGGAUCUUUCAGCUGGAUGAGCGUCGCAGAGAUGCUGUGAUUGCUUUGGGAAUUUUUCUAAUCGAGUCUGACUUGCAGCAUAAAGAUACUCUUGUUCCUUAUCUUCUCCGGCUGUUGAGGGGCCUUUCCAAAGUCCAAUGGAUAGAAGAAAGCAAUUCACGCAAAAGCAGAGGCAUGCUUCCGAUUCCAGAAAACUUCAGUUUCUGUUUGGUGACUUUGUUGUCAGAUGUGGCUUACAGGGAUUCUGUUCUGAGAGAACAGAUUUUAGAGGCAAUUUUGCAAGUGAUGCAGGUCCUCCUGGGAAUGUGCCAGUCCCCAGAAACCCAGGAUAAAGAAUAUUUAUGCAAAUACGCUGUGCCAUGCCUGCUUGGAAUUUCACGAGCGUUUGGGCGCUACAGCAACUCGGAAGAGUCUCUUCUGUCCAAGCUUUUCCCUAAAGUUACUCCGCAUUCCCUCAGAGCCCCACAUGAGUUGGAUGGUAUUCGUAGACGCUCCUUUAAUGACUUCCGGUCGAUACUUCCACAUUCUCUACUGACAGUCUGCCAAGAAGGAUCUCUAAAGAGAAAGACCAGCAGCUUAUGCAGCAUCACACAGGUCAGUCCCGAACGUGGAAUUCCUCCUCCCAGUUCCCCCGGAGGCACUACUGUGCAGUACUUUGAAGGGUCCUACCUACCUGAUGGGAGUGCGUUAGAUCCCGAUUAUUACUUCUCUACAAUCAGUUCCAGCUUCUCCGUCUCGCCUCUCUUUAACGGCAUUAGCAACAAGGAGUUUAACAUUCCACUGGAAAUGCUCCGCCAGCUGCUGAACAUGGUAAAGCAGAUUGUUGGGGAUUCGGUCCUCCGAAACUUAGAUGCCGUUGUCUCUGAAGUUAUUGAGGAAAAUCCCCAUGCAGAUUUGUUCUACAAAAUGUUCAGUGACCCACUUUAUGUUGCCCAGUUCAAGAUGCUGAGAGACACGUUGUACUAUAUGAAAGAUCUCCCAACCUCUUUUGUGAAGGAAAUUCACGAUUUUGUGCUGGAACAGUUUAACAGCAGCCAGUCGGAGCUCCAGAAACUCCUUCACGACGUAGACAGAUUACACAAUGACCUGAACCCUCUGAAGCUACGUUGCCAAGCUAACGCUGCUUGUGUGGAUCUCAUGGUGUGGGCUGUGAAGGAUGAGCAAGGGGCAGAAAACCUGUGCAUUAAACUGUCGGAGAAACUGCAGUCCAAGACUUCCAGCAAAGUAAUCAUUGCUCACUUGCCUCUUCUGAUUUGCUGCUUACAGGGUCUAGGCCGCUUGUGUGAGCGUUUUCCUGUGGUGGUUCACUCGGUCACUCCAUCCUUGAGAGACUUUCUCGUAAUCCCUUCUCCAGUCCUGGUGAAACUUUACAAGUACCACAACCAAUAUAAUACUGGAGGCAAUGACAUCAAGAUCAGCAUAACAAAUGAGCAUGCCGAGUCCACUGUAAGUGUAAUGUCUGGCAAGAAGAGUCAGACCUCCAUGUAUGAACAGCUGCGGGAUAUUGCGAUCGAUAACAUCUGCAGGUGUUUGAAAGCUGGGCUGACAAUAGACUCGGUAAUUGUUGAAGCCUUCUUAGCUAGUUUGUCAAACCGCCUGUACAUCUCGCAGGAGAGUGACAAGGAGGCCCAUCUAAUUCCAGACCACACAAUACGUGCAUUGGGGCACAUUGCAGUAGCCCUGAGGGACACGCCAAAGGUGAUGGAACCGAUUCUUCAGAUCCUGCAGCAGAAGUUCUGCCAGCCGCCUUCUCCUCUCGAUGUGCUCAUCAUUGACCAACUGGGAUGCUUAGUUAUCACUGGAAAUCAAUAUAUUUACCAGGAGGUAUGGAAUCUGUUUCAGCAGAUCAGUGUUAAAGCUAGCUCAAUUGUAUACUCUGCAACAAAAGACUACAAGGAUCAUGGAUAUAGGCACUGUUCCUUAGCUGUUAUUAAUGCCCUCGCAAACAUAGCUGCAAACAUCCAAGAUGAACACCUUGUGGAUGAAUUGCUGAUGAACUUGCUGGAACUGUUCGUACAACUCGGGCUCGAAGGGAAGAGAGCCAGUGAGAGGGCAAGUGAAAAAGGCCCAGCGCUAAAGGCAUCUAGCAGUGCAGGGAACCUGGGAGUUCUGAUUCCUGUUAUUGCUGUGCUUACAAGACGCUUGCCACCCAUCAAGGAAGCUAAGCCCAGGUUACAGAAGCUCUUCCGCGACUUCUGGCUGUAUUCGGUGCUUAUGGGAUUUGCUGUGGAAGGCUCAGGUCUUUGGCCAGAAGAGUGGUACGAGGGUGUUUGUGAGAUAGCAACCAAGUCGCCGCUACUGACGUUUCCUAGCAAAGAGCCUCUCCGCUCUGUUCUUCAGUACAACUCAGCUAUGAAAAACGACACAGUCACUUCUGCUGAACUGAAUGAGUUACGGAGCACCAUCAUCAAUCUUUUGGAUCCUCCUCCAGACGUAUCUGCCCUGAUCAAUAAGCUGGACUUUGCCAUGUCUACCUACCUGCUCUCUGUAUACCGUCUAGAAUGCAUGAGGGUAUUGCGUUCAACAGACCCAGAUCGCUUCCAAGUGAUGUUUUGUUACUUUGAGGAUAAAGCUAUUCAAAAAGACAAAUCGGGUAUGAUGCAGUGUGUCAUAGCCGUAGCAGAUAAGGUGUUUGAAGCCUUCCUCUGCAUGAUGGCUGACAAAGCUAAAACGAAAGAAAACGAAGAAGAGCUGGAAAGACAUGCUCAGUUUUUGCUGGUGAAUUUCAAUCAUAUUCAUAAGAGGAUCAGACGGGUUGCCGAUAAGUACUUAUCUGGCCUUGUAGACAAGUUCCCUCACUUACUCUGGAGUGGGACAGUGCUGAAGACCAUGUUAGAUAUCCUCCAGACCCUCUCCCUGUCAUUGAGCGCAGACAUUCACAAGGACCAACCCUACUAUGACAUUCCAGACGCCCCAUAUAGAAUUACUGUUCCCGAUACAUACGAAGCUAGAGAGAGUAUAGUAAAGGAUUUUGCGGCACGCUGUGGAAUGAUCCUCCAAGAAGCCAUGAAAUGGGCCCCUUCGGUCACCAAAUCUCACUUGCAGGAAUAUUUAAACAAGCAUCAGAACUGGGUCUCUGGCCUGUCCCAGCACACAGGGCUGGCUAUGGCCACGGAGAGCAUCCUCCACUUCGCAGGCUACAACAGGCAUAACACAACUCUGGGGGCAACCCAGUUAACUGAAAGGCCUGCCUGUGUAAAGAAAGACUAUUCCAACUUCAUGGCUUCACUUAACUUGCGAAAUCGCUAUGCUGGAGAAGUCGCUGGGAUGAUUAAUUACUGUCACGCCACAGGCCGCACCUCAGAUCUCAGUAAACUAAUGAUCAAGCAGCUCAACGAGGCCCUGGAACCAGGCCAGCCUGAACACUACACUCAAGUCAUGUUUAAGAUGACAGCCAUGUUGAUAAGUAGCAGAGACACUGACCCUCAGCUCUUGCAUCACCUGUGUUGGGGCCCGCUGCGAAUGUUCAGCGAGCACGGCAUGGAAACGGCCAUCGCUUGUUGGGAAUGGCUGCUCGCUGCCAAGAAUGGGAUAGAAGUGCCGUUCAUGCGAGAAAUGUCAGGGGCCUGGCAAAUGACCGUGGAGCAGAAGUUUGGCCUGUUCUCUGCCGAGCGGAAAGAAGCAGAUCCCUUAGCUGCUUCGGAAGAGAGCCAGCCCAUACCGUGUCCACCGGAGGUCACACCACAUUACAUCUGGAUAGAAUUCCUGGUGCAGAGGUUUGAAAUCGCAAAGUACUGUAGCUCUGACCAGGUGGAAAUCUUCUCCAGUCUACUCCAGCGAUCCCUUUCUCUGAACAUUGGGGGAUCAAAAGGCAGUAUGAAUCGGCACGUGGCAGCGAUUGGGCCACGUUUCAAGCUGCUGACUCUGGGAUUGUCCCUGCUUCACGCUGACGUUGUCCCAAAUGCAACGAUUCGCAAUGUCUUGAGAGAGAAGAUAUAUUCAACUGCUUUUGAUUAUUUCAGCUCUGCUCCGAAGUGUCCAACCCAAGGAGAAAAGAGGCUGCGCGAGGAUAUCAUCAUCCUAAUCAAGUUUUGGACUGCCAUGUUCUCCGACAAGAAAUAUUUGACAGCCAGCCAGCUUGUUCCUCCCGAUAAUCAAGAUACACGGAGCAACCUGGACAUCACUGUUGGGUCUCGGCAGCAAGCCACCCAGGGAUGGAUAAAUACAUACCCUUUGUCCAGCGGCAUGUCAACGAUGUCCAAGAAAUCAGGGAUGUCCAAGAAGACCAAUCGAGGUACCCAGCUUCACAAGUACUACAUGAAAAGGAGAACGUUGCUGUUGUCACUGCUGGCUACUGAGAUUGAACGCCUCAUUACAUGGUACAAUCCUCUCUCAUCCCCGGAGCUGGAGCUGGAUCAGACCGGGGAGAACAGCGUUGCAAACUGGAGGUCAAAGUACGUCAGCCUGAGUGAGAAGCAGUGGAAAGAUAACGUGAAUCUGGCAUGGAGCAUUUCGCCUUACCUGGCCGUCCAGCUUCCCACCAGGUUUAAAAACACAGAAGCCAUCGGAAUGGAAGUGACUCGUCUCGUCCGCUUGGACCCAGGAGCAGUUAGCGAUGUGCCAGAAGCAAUAAAGUACCUCGUCACGUGGCACACGAUAGAUGCAGACGCUCCUGAGCUGAGCCACAUCCUUUGCUGGACACCGACAGACCCUCCAACGGGCCUUUCUUAUUUUUCCAGCAUGUAUCCUCCUCAUCCUUUGACAGCUCAGUACGGAGUUAAAGUCCUUCGUUCUUUCCCUCCAGAUGCCAUUUUAUUUUACAUUCCACAGAUCGUGCAGGCACUUCGAUAUGAUAAGAUGGGCUAUGUGAGGGAGUACAUCUUGUGGGCAGCCGCCAAAUCCCAGCUGCUGGCUCACCAGUUCAUUUGGAAUAUGAAAACCAACAUCUUCUUGGACGAAGAGGCGCAUCAGAAAGACCCUGACAUCGGGGAACUGCUGGAGCAGCUGGUUGAGGAAAUAACGGGCUCAUUAUCUGGGCCAGCAAAGGAGUUUUAUCAACGUGAAUUUGAUUUCUUCAAUAAAAUCACCAACGUUUCAGCCAUCAUCAAGCCUUACCCUAAAGGUGACGAAAGGAAAAAGGCUUGUUUGAGUGCUUUGUCCGAGGUGAAAGUGCAGCCUGGUUGUUAUCUGCCCAGCAACCCCGAAGCGAUUGUUUUGGACAUCGACUACAAGUCAGGAACUCCUAUGCAAAGCGCUGCCAAAGCACCUUACUUGGCCAAGUUUAAGGUGAAGCGGUGCGGAGUCAGCGAACUCGAAAAAGAAGGUCUGCGCUGUCGUUCGGACUCCAUAGACGAAAGCGGAGAAGAUGGGGUAGAGAGCAAGAAGAUUUGCUGGCAGGCAGCCAUCUUCAAAGUGGGCGAUGACUGCAGACAGGACAUGCUGGCGUUGCAAAUCAUUGACCUCUUCAAGAACAUAUUUCAGCUGGUGGGUCUCGACCUGUAUGUGUUUCCGUACAGAGUAGUGGCCACAGCCCCAGGGUGUGGUGUCAUUGAAUGCAUUCCUGAUUGUACGUCCCGUGACCAGCUGGGCAGGCAGACAGACUUUGGGAUGUACGACUACUUUACAAGGCAGUACGGAGAUGAAUCAACUCUGGCUUUCCAAAAGGCUCGUUACAACUUCAUCCGCAGCAUGGCUGCCUACAGCCUCCUGUUGUUCCUGUUGCAGAUUAAAGACAGACACAAUGGCAACAUCAUGCUGGACAAACAUGGGCACAUCAUUCAUAUUGACUUUGGAUUCAUGUUUGAGAGUUCUCCUGGCGGAAACCUGGGUUGGGAGCCAGACAUCAAGCUGACCGACGAGAUGGUUAUGAUAAUGGGAGGGAAGAUGGAGGCCACGCCUUUCAAGUGGUUCAUGGAGAUGUGCGUCAGGGGUUACCUGGCAGUCAGGCCUUACAUGGAUGCCGUGGUGUCUCUGGUGACGUUGAUGCUGGACACAGGGCUGCCCUGUUUCCGAGGGCAGACAAUCAAACUGUUAAAGAACAGGUUCAGCCCCAACAUGACGGAGCGAGAAGCGGCCAACUUCAUCAUCAAGAUAAUCCAGAGCUGCUUCCUCAGCAACAGGAGUAAGACCUACGAUAUGAUCCAGUACUACCAGAACGACAUUCCUUACUGAACCCAGACGAGGUUAUCCUGGGGGAGCCGCGACCCCGUCUCCGUUGUUCCAGCCUAGAAACGUGAUUUCUUGGAAGUCACUGCGUACUGCCUCCGGUCAAUCCUCUCUGCGUGCGUGUGCAUGUGAAUGUGGGUGUGCCCCUUUUACAGGACCCUUGUAACAAUCAGCACCUCUCAAGUAGUUCCUCUGAUCUUCGCCAGGGUGUCCAUGUCCCUAGAUUACAGAAGCAGCUGGCUGCAGUCGUGGAUUUUAAAAAAAACAAAAACCUGUCGCAGCUAUGAAUGAGUGUAAAACUCAGCAAGGAAAAGAUAAACCUGAGGAGUGUGGCAAUUGCCAGGGGGUUUUUGUUUUGGCUUUUGGAAGCAAGUUCCAUUAAAACGCUCACUCUGUAGGAUCCCGGCAGCAGUCAAAUGCUCUAGAGUUGCUGCUCAGUGCGGCGAAGAAGCAUUAAGUUGCUCUGGUGAAUGCUGUAGAAAUUGUAAUGAUAAUCGUCUGUAGGUGGUGAUAGCCCUGCAUCCAUGUUAAUAUUGUACUUUGCACUGUAAAUGGUUCCCGCUCCACGGUCAGUAUUUCGUACCUACAUGAAGAAUGUAUUUCCUCCCCCCCUUUUGUGUGGUUUUAAGGAGAGAAACUCUAUCCAAGAUAUAUUUAAUCUUAAAAAUGAAAUUAAAAAAAGAGAAGGCCUUAGGAUACUUUACGUCUCUGCUCCAGCGUUUGCUUGUUUUUUAAAAAUAAUAAUAAAAACAACCAGCUUUAAUGAUCAUGAGGAUUAGGCAAAUUCACGAAGAAGAAAGCUAUCGGCAGCUACUAGCCACAACGGUUGCCUCUGCCAUCUCACCGGCUGCUGAGAAUCACAGCUGAGCAGUAGUGCUCAUGUCCUGCUUGCAGGCCAUGGCAAAAGGUCGGGAACGAUAGGAGGGCAACAUCUGGAGGUGGGGGCAUUGUGGUGGGCGUGGCCAGAGGCAAAAGUGGGCGGAGCAACAUGUAAUUUUUUUUGCUUUUGGACAGUAGCUGGGUUUCAACACACACUUGAACACUCCUCUCCAGCCUCCAUUGGGAGGAGCAAGAGGCCUUAGCAGAGCUGAAGGGUUCUGUAUUUCUGGGUGAGGUGCAGCACGGAAUCUCUUACCACUUUGCAAAAUAUCCCAUCCCUUCCCUGCUGUCAUGGGGAGUCCCGCAUUCUUUCGGACAGUGGGUGUUUUUCCACACCAGCGUUGCCAGCUGCUCGGUUUGUCUCUGCACAAAAGAAGCCUCCCGCCUCCCCAGAGAACAACAGAAGCAAAAUUUAUAGCUUUGCAUUUGCUGGGUUCCUCGAUCAGCACUAUUCAAGUGCUAAUUUUAUUCUGCGCGGUGCAGAUCAGGAAGCUCAGGGCUCAGAAGUUGGCGUAGUGAUGCAGCCAUUUGGACACACCAUUGAUUGCUCCCUCCCACACACCUCCUUACAAUCCUCAGAGAUGUAGCGAACAGUUGAGUUUCCCUCUUCCCCUACUUUCUUUUGGGCACCAGAAGUUGUUAAUGCAGGGAAAUUGGAUUUCUAGGAGGCAGUGGACUUUGUAAACAGAACCGUGUACGCCAUCUUGAGCCCCUUGAAGAAAAAGCUGGGGUGUAAAUGCAAACAAAAAAGAUAAAUAACAGCAAAAUAAAGUGAGGUUUGCCCCACAAACCACACCUAGUCCUCCCCUGCCGUAACUUAAACACAGUUUCUUAGUUUCAGGGUUGACCUUAGCAGGGAGGAGGAUGGGGCAAGAUUCGAAUUAGUUGGCUGCGCCUCUGAUUGGUUCUGGUUCCGCCUGCUUUUUCGACUCCUUGCCUCCCACCUCACUGGUACGAGUGUAGCAGUUAAAGAGUGCUGGACUAGGACCUAGUAGUCCAGGCUUCGAAUCCUCACUCGCCCAGUUCACUGGGGUGACCCUCUGGCUAGUCGCUGCCUUUCAGACUGACUCUACCUCUCAGGGUUGUUGUGCGGAUAAAAAGCAGAACGGGAGGAACAUGCCAGUCCCCUUGAGCUCCUCGGAGAAAAGGGUGGUAUAUAAUGUAAGGAAUAAAUAGAACAAAUGGGCAUGAACCACCACUGACCUAGCAAUCCUCAACAUGUGCCAUACCACGGAGCUAUGGUCUCCCUGCGGUGUUCUCUUGAAAAUAAGUUCCUCUCAGUAGCACAUGCCACUGGCUUCCGUGCUGAUCAAGCUGACUUUGACUCCUUGCAACGGAACUACCUGGCUUUAGAGAGAUGCUUAAUUUAUACGUCUGUGUCAAGAGACAAUGGAGUGCACCUCGCGGGGUGAAGUCACACUGUUGCAUUGGCAAGACCAAAGUGACCACUUCGAGACACAAACCUGGGUAGUGUGUCUGGAGAUCUCGAGCUGCCCAGACGACAACACUCCCUUCUUGGCCUUGCUGAUGUGGACCAAAGGAAAUACUUUUGGCACCGGCUUGGCUGCAGGAGUUGUUGGAAGGAGGCAUACAAGCCACCACCCAACCAUCUUAGGGACUCUAGUCUGCAGUAUUACUCCUUCGCAUUUUCUUCUCCCGUAAGGCAGUGGAGGCUUCGGAUCAGACUUUUCCUUCUCCUAGAUGGGCUACCUUCCCAGGUUGACAAGUCCCACCUGCCCCUCACUUCCCUCUACAGCAGCAGGUGCAGAAACUGCCUUCUUGACCCUUGGACCCAAAAAUGGUCCUGUCCGCUCUUCUGGUGCCUGUCUUCGUAUGCAAGGGGAAAGUGUCACAAUCACUUUGAUUUUCACGCAAGUUGCACGGAGCUGCCGCCAGGAGGCACUGCAACAAAUCCGAGGGCAAAACCAAUUGAAUCAAACGCUGAAUUUUUGCAGUGCUGGGAAACAUACCUUUCGGUUUGGUCCAGGCGGCAGCAAAGCGUCUUAUAUUGGGGUGUUAUUGGGCUACACUUUUGGAAGCUGCCUUCUGUUUUGCCCGUGAGAUUUGCCCAUCCGAAACAAUAUGAUAAUGGAAACGAGUUAUCCUUUGAAACUCGCACUUCUCCAAAUUCCACAGUGCGGUUCUCCAGCCAAGUAAGAGGGGGUGGC